AUGGAGAGGUAUGGUGUGUUGGAGCGGAAGCCGCUAAUUGGGAUCGAGGUGUUUGCGGGCAGCUGCAGAAUCACGGCGGCGCACAGAGAGGCGGGCAUCGAGAUGCUUGACCCUGUGGACCUGAGUGAGAGCUCGCUUGUGUUGGAGGCCUGGCUGGAGCAACUGAUCAGGGGUGGUGACCUCAACUUUAUUUGGUUGGCCCCUCCACGUAGAAGCUUUUCCCGCUCGCGCACGGAUGGCACAGGACACCUUCUUCGGCCUCCUGGAGAUCCAGAAGGAGACGAGCGGGUGCCUGAGGUCCGGCGGGAGAACCGCCUGUGGGAGCUCGCUCUCUACUUGGCGAGCGCAAUGUGUGAGGCCGGUGGCUUCUUUGUCAUCGAGCAUCCUCGUGGCAGCCGGGCCUGGGAACUCAGAGUGCCGUUAAACGAUGCGCGGGUGAUCACAAACAUGUGGCUCCAAAACGGGACCCCGGGACAGAGAGCACCGAGGGUUAUCCGUGGGGCUUUUGCCGAGCCUUCGCUCAUGCCGGGCGGGCGUGGGCGGCGGGCUCCACAGCUUAGCGAGGCCACUCUCACGCCCCAGUAUCGGCGACACCUUCGUGAGGCGGGGGUGUGCAUACUGGGGCUAGCGGCGGCCCUAGGCUGCCCGUUGACAUCACGCACUCCUGCAAGACUGGUGGAUAGACGUUUGGAAACAGUGGUGAACAAUGCUUAUCGGGACGGGGAGAAGCUCUACUGGAUCACCCUGGGGGUUCUCAGUGUGCAGAGGGCCUUUAAGCUUUCGGGUGCCUACCUCAAGUCGACUUGGGCGGCGAUUCGCGCAUGGCGGCUCCUUCAGCCCAUUCAGCCCCGCAUCCCUAUGACAUGGUACGUGCUUCAGUGCUUGCUGGUUGUGUGCUUGGCUAGAGGUAACGCGCAACGAGGGCAAGUCAGGGAAGAGUGGUGGGGGGCAAUGGUGGCUUUUUGGUUGGCUUUCAUUGGCAUGCUACGGCCGGGUGAAGUGGAUCAGCUACGUGUCGGUGACUUUUGUUUUCCCGAGAUGCCUGAGCUUGCCGAAGGGGUGGGUUUGGUGAUUUCCAUUCGUCAGGCGAAAACUAGAAGAGUGUGGGCGAAACAGUUCGUGAUCGUGGAUUCGCGUGAGCUCGUGGAGUGGUGCCGUUGGUGGACACAGGGCAAGAAGCCAAAGGAUCGUUUCUUAUCCUUGAGUCGUCGCAGAUGGUCACAGCUUCUGGUGGAGGGCCUUGAAAUCCUGGAUCUCAGUGGCUGUGGGUUCACCCUCGGGUCUCUCAGAGGCGGCGGUGCUUGCCACCACUUUAAGACCCGGAAAAACCUGGGUCUUUUACAGUUUGCUGGCCGCUGGCGGCGGCCAGAAACACUGAGGCAUUAUCUGCAAGAUGCUUUGGGCAUCCACGCUCUGUCCCAAGCUCCGGCGAGUGCUAGGGCUAAGCUUUUGCAGGUGUAUGAGCAAGUGCCUUUGCUGACGACUCCGCCUCCCUCGGACGCGCUCAGGGAGUUGGCCGCUGCGCUUGAGGAAGUGGAAGAGGAAGAACGUCGUGGAGUGGUUUCUGCUGCGGGUCGGGCGGCCGCCGGUGUGCGGACCCAGCCUGUAGUGGGGGCCGCGGCUGCAGAGAAGGAGUUUGAGCCGGUGCCAAAGGCCAAGGCAUCGACAGCUUCGCUUCCAGAGGGCUCCGUG